AUGAAAUUAGUUAAUGUUAGUGUGUCGAUGACUUACAUGUGUUAGACAACAAUCAGCAUAUUGGCACUCCUAUCAUUGAUGUUAAUGAUAUUGCCUUCACUCACUCUAUGUUCUAAGACUUUCAAGAUGAGUUUGCACAUGCAGAGAAUAGCACAAUUGUUAUAUUUAUCGUUAUUGAUCAUGGGAGCAGUAGUAUUUUUUUUUUUCAAACUCAAACUUAUCAAGAAUGUAGACUUGGAGGAAGUAGGAAUGUUGCCUUUCCUAUUGGAAAUUCUUUGUUGUCUGAUGAAUCUAGCCUAUGUAAGUUACUUGCAUUAUGUCACAGUGCAAUAUUGCAACAAGGAGUAACCAAUCAGAAUGUAGAUAGUGCAGAAGAUUAUGAACACAAUAGUACCAAUAAUUUGA